UUGAUGAUUUUGUGUAAUUUUUUAAUUGGCUAAUGGCAAAAUAACAAAUUCUUAGGUAAAUGGUAAUUGGUAGUCUAUAUUAUAAUUUAUAUGUAGCGAAGUUCAACGGAAAAUGCGAUCACAGAUUACUAGUAUAUAUUUGUAGAAUGCGAUUGAGCUAAACCUAAUGACUUUUCAUUUUAUGGUAUAGGCGCGAUACCGAAAUAAAAUGAAUCGGUUUAUAGUUUUUGUGUUCUUAUUAUUUAUCGCGAUACCAAUCGCGGAGAGCGUCAGGUAUUUUAAAAUAGGCCGAAGCAGAGGUGGAAACUUAGGAGCUCCUGCAGGUGAUGUUCCAGAUGACUUGCCUCCAGCACUGUGGUUUAUUCAAAAACUUGACCACUUUACACCCACUGAUAAAAGGAUAUGGAAACAGAGAUACUUUGUCAAUGACCAGUUUUAUGAUUACAACAACCCUGGCCCAGUAUUCUUGAUGAUAGGUGGUGAAGGUCCUGCAGAUGCAAAAUGGAUGGUCAAAGGAGCAUGGAUAGAGUAUGCCAAGUUUUUCAAUGCACUAUGUAUUCAAUUAGAACACAGAUAUUAUGGAGCAAGUCAUCCAACACCGGAUGUCAGCGUAAAGAAUUUGCAAUACCUUUCAUCGAAUCAGGCGCUGGCUGACUUGGCCAACUUUAUCAAUGCAGUGAAUGAGAAGUACAAGUUCAAUAGGGAGGUGAAAUGGUUUGCCUUCGGAGGUUCCUACCCUGGGUCUUUAGCCGCGUGGUUAAGGAUGAAGUACCCGCAUCUGGUCUUUGCCUCUAUAUCUUCCAGUGGACCUUUGAGAGCCGUUGUAAAUUUUAUGGAAUACUAUGAAGUGGUUGUCGAUGCGCUCCAUCAGAAAACGGGCAGCGAUGAUUGUGUGAACAUGGUGAAGCAAGCUCAUAAAGAAAUAGAAAACUUGAUAUUGACAAACCCAGCCGAACUGGAAAAGGAAUUCAAAUUAUGCAAACCAUUUACUCAAGCUAGUAAGGAUGACAUCAAGAAUUUUUUUAAUUCUAUAGCUGAUGACUUUGCUGAUAUUGUCCAAUACAAUGAGGAUAAUAGAAUGAGUGCUGAUCCCAAAUAUAGAAAUCUUACAAUUAAUACAGUGUGCGACAUUCUGACUGAGCCAGGUGAUAAAAUGGCUUAUAAGAAGUUGGCUGCUUUCAACUCAAUUAUACUAGACAAGACUAAUCAAACGUGUAUGGACUACGACUACAAGAAUAUGAUCCAAGAACUCAGAAUGGAGAAAUGGGGACCUGCCCAGGAAGGAGGUAGGCAGUGGAUGUAUCAAACAUGCACAGAAUUUGGUUUUUAUCAAACAUCAUCAGGUGAAACGGAGGUCUUCGGAAAUCAUUUUGAUGUAGACUUCUUCAUACAACAAUGUCAAGAUAUUUUUGGAAAAAAAUUCAACCAGGAGUUUGUAAACAAGGCAGCGGACUGGACAAACAACUUUUAUGGUGGGCUUAAUAUUCCUGCAGAAAGGAUAGUCUACGUCCACGGAUCAGUUGAUCCUUGGCACGCGCUUGGAAUUACUACAACAAAAAACAACAAUGCACCGGCAAUUUUUAUUCCCGGAACCGCGCAUUGCGCAAAUAUGUAUCCAUCGAGCGAAAGGGAUUCGGCGGCUUUGGUUGAAGCGAGAGUGGAGAUACAACAGUACAUCAGCUCAUGGAUUGAUCUGCCGUAGUUAUCUUCCAAUCUAAACUAAACAAUAGGAAUUUUUUAAAUUUAGGCUAGCUAUAGUAACAAAUUACGGCGCAGUUUAAUCUUUUGUUUUCGUGUAAAAUACUAAAUGUGGGAAUAAUGAUGUAGAGUCAACAUCUAAGGAUUUCGCUCUCGGGAUCUCGACAAUUCGUCUUGUUUUAGUUCAGUCUUGAAAUUUGUAUAAUAACUUUAUUUUUAUUUAUUGUCUCGAAGUCCUGUAGGUUUCCUGUCCCCAAUCUAGCCCCACGUAAAAUAAUGAAUUCCAAAUUGUUGUGCUAAAUUCCUUAAAAAAACAACAGUGGUUGAUUUAAGAUUUUCCUUCGUAACUCAAAGAAAACAUAUUAUUGGUAAUAAAUGUUAUUUUAGUAGAUUAUGAUGAACUUAGCGUCGGUGUUUAAUAUUAAGUUAGUAUAGCGUUCCAAAUAUAUUUUCGGUGUUUUUAGUGUUUCUUCUACACAUAGGCUAUGAAUUAUCUCUUUACAAGUUACGACUGUUCUAGUUAGUAAGUAAGACUUCUGCUUUUCAUUAGUUUUGUUCUCUGAUUUCGAUUUAAACAUAAAUAAUGUUUUUCUUAUAA